GCUGCUGGGCGGUGACCGGAAAUGAUGUCAACAGACUAGUUCAGCUCUCUGCUUCCGGGACGCUGAUCCGUCAUAACGAUUCACAACGGCUAGUACCGGGUCACACGGUACACCGGGAAGUGAACUUUCCAACAUUUCCCAGUCCCCUGCCCGUGUCUGCUCCCUGUAUCAUGAUUCUCCAUACAUGGCCGCUCAGCCAACUUCUGCCCACAGAAAAACCCCACCUCAGCCAGUGAUUGGCUGAGCAGCCACUUCCUGUGUGUCGAGAGGGCCCAGGAAGUGGCAGCUGGGAUGGCUGGAUGUGGUGAAAUUACCCACACUACAAACAUGUUGCCCUCAAAUAAGAAGCUUGGAGAAGCUUGCUCCAACGGCGCUCCAAGCCUUGCAGUCCCUGAAUGUGCUAUAUGCCUACAAACCUGUGUACACCCAGUCAGUCUUCCUUGCAAGCACAUCUUCUGUUACCUGUGUGUGAAAGGAGCUUCGUGGCUUGGAAGGCGAUGUGCACUUUGUAGACAAGAGAUCCCUGAGGACUUCCUAGAGAAACCAACUCUACUUUCUCCUGAAGAACUAAAGUCUGCCAGCAGAGGGAAUGGGGAGUAUGCCUGGUACUACGAAGGAAGAAAUGGUUGGUGGCAAUAUGACGAGAGGACGAGCAGAGAGCUUGAAGAUGCCUUCACAAAGGGCAAAAAGAGCACUGAGAUGCUUAUCGCUGGCUUUCUUUACGUAGCUGACCUAGAGAACAUGGUCCAGUACAGACGAAAUGAGCAUGGACGACGCAGGAAGAUGAAACGGGAUAUCGUAGAUAUACCGAAAAAAGGUGUGGCUGGCUUAAGACUAGACUGUGAUGCAGCUAACGUAAGUCCUGCAAGGGAAAGCUCAGCAGAUGGUGCCGACAACAUCGCAACGCUUGGAGCUUCAUCGGCCCAAACUAUUGCCGUUUUACCUGCCAGACCUCACAUAGUCCUUGGUAGCCAGACUGCAAAUCCCCCACUUCCACAUAGUGAUGGGAGCACUUCCCUUGAUAAUGUAUUCUCCCAGCUUCAGAUUGGAGACCUUGCUGCAGAUAGAAAUAAUAUUGGGGAAGGUGAGGAAGGACUGCUGCAGCCUGCAAGUAGAGUGCCACCCGCUGAUGCCAUUGUCAGUGACCCUGAAUCAGAUGACGGCAGCAGCCAGGAGAUUCUUUCAGUGCAACAGAAUGUAUUUCUUCAGCAGAGACACACAGUAAUAGGGGCUGCCCAGCCACCACCAGAUCGCCCCGUUGCAGCAGCAAACGGUUUGCAGAGUACCGUUGUACGGUCUAGAAGACCCGAUGGACAGUGCACGGUGACCGAAGUCUAAAAGAGAGUGUUCUGUGCUUCUGAUGAGCCAUGUGAGAUGUCACUGCAUAGAGAAUACUGACCCGUAACAUGACAUUUUUCUUGAGUGAUUUCAGUUUUAAGCUGGAAGGGCUAUUUAUAAGUAGAUACCUGAUGGGUUGGCAAUGUGAGUGCCUGCAACUUUUACAUUGUAUUUUGAUAGGGAGCUAAACCAGAAGGUAUGGAUCACUUAAAUAAGUGAGUUGAAGUAUCCCUUCUUGUGUAUUGCUCCCUCAGAAAUACAGCGCAAGAUAUUGGUGGAGGGGAGUUGAACUAGGGAAAGAUGGGAAUAAAGUGGAGGUGUUAAAGCAUACUACUUAUCUAUGUAAUCGCCAUCUAAAACAAUGACGUGUUUUCUCUUCUUCCAUAGUUGACAAGUCUUCUAUUUAAUGUGUGUUCCAGAGAAAUGUCAUUAGGCCUGGUAUACAUGUGGCAAUUAUUGCCUAGAUCCAGACGAGAAUGCUGGGACAUCAUAUGCAGCAUAACUGACUAUAACCAUUUUUAGAGCUUGGGUCCAGCGAGAACAAUGGUGACUCCCUCUUUGCACCAAAUGCCUAAUUUGCAUAUUGAGAAAAAGUAUCGUAGAUCAAGAACAGAUCCUCAGAUCAAAAAAUAAAAACAAAAUCAGGUGAACUACCGCCACGAGAGCGAGCUUGCUGGUGGCAGAUUCCCUUUCAUUGUAGAUUUAAACGCAUGCAUUUUUAUGCAGUUUUUGGAGUGUAAGCAUCCAUAAGGAAGCAGAUUUGUAAAGGGGAAGACUUAUCCUCUCGUUGUGGGAUUACAGCCUAAGGACCCCUACACACACAAAUCUGGUCUGGCGUUUUUUUUGCUUCCCAAAAACAAUCAUCUUGCCGUUUUCCCAUACUGCAUGUGUUUUUUAUGGAGAUUUUUCUUGCUGUUUUAAAA